AAAUGGCUUGAGUGGUUUGAGUGGCUUCAGUCAAUUCCCCAACUCCUUCUCUCCUUGUUCUGGAGCGAUCCUCGAUUCGUUCCUUCCGUUCCCUCCGUCGAGGUGGUGUCCGUCUAAGACUAGGCUGAAAUCGAGACAGAGUUGGCCUGGUCGGGGUCGUGCUGGAUCACCCGGAUCACCCGGAUCACCCAUAUCCUCAUAUCCUCAUCGGAGCCUGAAGGCGUGUUUCUGGUGGCUCAACCCGUGACCCUCUCUCUUCUCUCGCCGCACCAUGCCGCGCGUCAUGAUCAAGGGUGGGGUGUGGCGGAACACCGAGGAUGAAAUCCUCAAAGCCGCCGUCAUGAAGUACGGCAAGAACCAGUGGAGCCGCAUCGCUUCGCUCAUCCACCGAAAGUCCGCCAAGCAAUGCAAGGCCCGCUGGUUCGAGUGGCUGGACCCGUCCAUCAAGAAGACCGAGUGGUCGCGCGACGAGGACGAGAAGCUGCUCCACUUGGCCAAGCUCAUGCCCACCCAGUGGCGCACCAUUGCGCCCAUUGUGGGACGCACGGCCGCCCAAUGUCUCGAACGCUACGAGUACCUGCUGGACCAGGCCCAGAAGAAAGAGGAGCAGGGCGGGGCUGCGGCUGAUGAGGCCGCCGCCGCCGCCCACGAGGAUCCCCGUAAACUCAAACCCGGCGAGAUCGAUCCCAAUCCCGAGACCAAACCCGCCCGCCCCGAUCCCCAAGAUAUGGACGAAGAUGAGCUUGAGAUGUUGAGUGAGGCCCGAGCACGCCUGGCCAAUACCCAGGGCAAGAAGGCCAAACGUAAGGCCCGUGAGAAACAACUGGAGGAGGCUCGCCGAUUGGCCGCCCUUCAAAAGCGGCGGGAAUUGCGAGCCGCAGGGAUUGGUGGCCGACGACUUAUUCGCGUGAAAAAAGGCAAGAUCAAUUACAACGUGGAAAUCCCUUUUGAGAAGAAACCCGCCGCCGGCUUUUAUGACACAGCCAAUGAGGAGGUGGAUGAGAGCGCUGGUCGAUUUCGUCGGGUGCGGCAGGAUCAAUUGGACGAGAAACGGCGCGACGAGGAUGAGAUGAAGAACCGCAAAAAGGACAAGGACAAGUUGAAGCAACGCAAAGAGAAUAGCAUUCCCCAAGCCUUGCUCAACAACGAAGAACCGGCCAAGAAGCGAAGCAAACUCGUCUUACCCGAGCCUCAGAUUUCCGAUAUGGAAAUGGAACAGAUUGUUAAGCUAGGCAAGGCCUCGGAAGCCGCCCGGGAGGCCGUAGCCUCGUCGGAAGGCGACUCCCAACGCGCGUCUGAUACUUUGUUGGCUGAUUACGCCGUCACCCCUGGGUCGGCUUUACGCACGCCGCGUACCCCCAUGCCUCAACAGGAUAAGAUUCUAACCGAAGCCCAGAACAUCAUGGCCCUAACCAACGUGGACACCCCGCUCAAAGGCGGUCUGAAUCCGCAACUUCACGAGAAUGGGGGGGAUUUCUCAAGCGUCACGCCCCAGCACGCCCCCAUCAAGACCCCUAAUACGGUGCUUACAACGCCUUUUCGCACUAAGGAAGGACAAAUUGGCCUGACACCCGGUCGAACCCCGGUCAAUGCUGCCAUGGGGGUCACGCCCAUUCGCGACAAACUGGCCAUCAAUCCUAACGAGGGCUUAGAAUCUGCAGAUCGAUUCCAUCAGAAGCAAUUGCGUGAGAGCCUACAGCAAGGCCUGUCGUCGCUGCCUCAGCCCAAAAACGACUUCGAGAUCGUCGUUCCUGAGAAUGAAGAGGAUACCGACGUGACUGAGGAUGAUCACACAUGGGUUGAAGAUCAGGCCGAGUUAGAUCAGCAAACUGAAGAAGAAUAUCGGAAGCGGCGUGAGCAAGAACUCAAGCGUCGAAGUCAGGCCGUACAACGGGACUUGCCCCGCCCCUUGGACAUGAAUGAGACCAUUUUGAGACCGUUGAAUUCGGACCCCCCUUUGACCGCCCUGCAAAAGGCCGAGGAGCUAAUCAAGCGAGAAAUGGUCGUCAUGAUGCAUCACGAUUGUGUGGAAACACCCACGGCAGCCCAAAUGGGGGAAGGUGGCAACAAGAAGAAGGGACUGGACCGGGCUAUCGUGAACGAGCAACUUCAUCGCGGCUAUCUAGAAAAGCACCCGUACCAAAAGUUUUCAGACGAAGAUUUAGUCCAAGCAAAGGCACUUUUGGAGCAGGAAAUGACCGUGGUCAAGGAAGGUAUGAAUCACGGGGAUGUAUCUUUAGAGGCAUACACUCAGGUAUGGGAGGAGUGCCUGGCCCAAGUUUUGUAUUUGCCCAAUCAACAGCGCUACACUCGAGCCAAUCUGGCCAACAAGAAAGACCGCAUCGAUUCGUUCAAAGAGCGGUUGGAGCAGAACCGAACUCACAUGACGAAAGAAGCCAAACGAGCCGCCAAGAUCGAAAAAAAACUAAAAGUCCUUACCGGGGGCUAUCAAGCUCGAGCGCAAGGCCUGAUCAAACAGAUCCACGAUCUAGAAGACCAAAUUGAGCAAUCUCGCUUAGAUCUGUCGACUUUCACCUUUUUAAAAGAUCAGGAAUCUAUGGCUAUUCCUCGUCGAUUGGAGUCCAUCAGUGAGGAUGUGAGUCGUCAAACUGAGCGGGAGAGUGAGCUUCAGAAACGCUUUCAAGAGGCUCAAUACCAGAUUCAACAACUUCAACCACAGCCCUAUUAAGAAGUUCAACCACGUAAUGAUCCAUUUGUUUUUUGCUACAUUUGUGUUUUUGUUUAUACAUUACUGAACUUGAAUACCACAUCUAAUUUCUGCAUUCGA